GCCAGCACGUAUGUUUUUUGUAAGCGUUCAAAAGAUAACAUUUCAUGCAUGUAGACACAAUUGAUAUUGUACGCCGUUUGAACAGCAUUCUUUUAUUUACGUAUUGGUUGAUAUUUAUUGAGUUGUUUUAGAAACGUUGUCACACAGCUUGCAUGUGUGAAGAUAACUUAUUUCGACGUUUUUAAUCCAUGAUUAAGUCCUUCGUCCUUUUCUUUCACGCAUGCUAGACUUUUAUAAUUAGACACUGUUGAAAUGGGUUACCGGAAGUUCGCCAAUAAGACUUUCGCCAAUGUACCCUCCUGACAUUCGCCAAUUGGCGAGUGUCCAUUGAUCUUUCUCCAGUUUACUGUUCUCACGUUAGCCAAUUGGCGAAUUUUCACUGGACUUGCGCCGCUAAAUCCUUCAGAUAUUGGGCGAUUGAAAAAUGAUAGUGGUAUUGAUCGGAGAGAUCAGUAACAAAUACACACUAAGAAAAUUGUUGGAAAUGACAUGAUCAAAAUUUUUAUUUGUAGUUUUAGAUUUAUUCGAAAUAAGUCUAAUAUCAUUUGUGUGUUAACAAGUAUGAAGUAUAACACAUUGAACAUCUGUUCAUAUCAAUACAUAGGUAAAAAGUUUAGUAUAUAUGAUAUGAUUUCGAGUUUUUCAGAUAGCUAUUGUUAAUCAAAUGCCUGUUACUACUCGUGCAGCAGCAUUAAGAUCGCAAGCUAAUGCAGAUUUAAUUCAUUCACAAGAUCAAGUAACACCAACUUCAAGAUCAACUGGAAAAACAACUCGUAAAUGUUCAUCAAAGCAGAAACGUAAACAAGCUCAAGUACAACAGAUUAUACCUUGUGCUGAAUCUCAAAUAUGUCCUCCACUUCAACCACAGUCAACAACUUUAGAUGCUGUACUUACACCCGAAGAUAUUCAUGAACAACCUCAUGAAGAUGUGAUAUUGAAAAAAGGCGAUGCAACAGUUGAACCAACAUCUUCAACGCCAAUAACGGGUUCAGUUUCUCCAACAACAUCAUCACCAACAAAGAAUGAUAAUAAUGAUUCUAUCAUAUCAUUAGAAUCAUCAAACAACGAUGAAAAUGAAAUAUUCACAGGAGAUUCAAAUCAUCUUAUGAAUGUACCAGUCAUCAAAGGAGAAGUAACAACGGGUACAUCAACACGAGGUGCAAAAAUGGUUUUCAUGAACGGCUUUGCAUAUCUUUAUAUGAGUAUGGCAAAAGAAACAACGGGUUGGCGGUGUGCUCGAAGAAAUGAGAAUUGCAAAGCCGUUAUUCAUAUCUCGAAACAAACAGGGCAAUCUAGUCACUGGAACGGCAUAUUCCAUUGUCAUCCAUCUGAUGCACGUGAAACACGAAAGCGUGAUAUAUUAAACAAAUUAAACAUCGUGAAAGCAAAUCUAUCAGGCGAAGAAAAACGAAUGAUGCCUCUUCCGGCUCAAAUAGAAUCUGGCCUACAUAAAUUAAGAAGAAAAUCAUUACCACCAAUACCACAGAAUCAAAAGUGUCUCGUACCACCAGUUUAUGAAGAAACCUACUCGCAUCAAAAAUUUCUUAUCUAUGAUAAGCGAAAAACUAUUUAUGGAGGUCGUCUGAUGAUAUUUGCUUCUGAUGAACAGUUAAAUGUCUUAUAUGGUUCAGAUGUAUUAUUUGCUGACGGUACAUUUAAGGUUUCACCAAAGCUAUUUGAGCAGCUAUAUGUAUUACAUGGGAUGCAAAAUGGCGAAGGUGGUAAAAAAGGUAUCGAUUUAAAACCAGCUACUAUUGUUUGUGAUUUCGAAAGAGCAUUUAUGAAUGCUGUUCAAACAGAAUUACCUGAUACAAGUAUAACUGGAUGGUGGUUCCACAUGUGUCAAGCUUGCUAUCGAAAUAUUCAAGAAAUUGGCUUGAUGAAAUUAUAA